ACACUGCUCCACUAUUAAAGUAAGGAGUUAUGAACAAGUUAUCUGCAAUUAACAUCUUAGCCACACUGCAUUGCCUUGAAUUUUGUGAAAAUGGCCCAAAACUAUGGCUUCCUUGUCUGCAUUCUUGUCUUGGUGUUGGAUGUUGUUGCUGGCAUACUUGGAAUUCAAGCAGAAAUAGCUCAAAACAAGGUUAAGGACUUGAAGAUGUGGGCACUGGAGUGUAGAGACCCUAGCUAUGGAGCCUUCAAGCUAGGAGUUGCUGCUUCCAUUCUCUUGGCCUUUGCUCAUGCAUUUCCUCACUUGCUUGGUGGGUGCAUUUGCAUGCGCUCAAAAGAAGAAUGUCAAAGAUCAACAGCCAAUAGACAAUUAGCAGUUUCUUUUCUCUUGUUAUCAUGGAUAGUUUUGGCAAUUGCUUUCUCCCUGCUGAUAUUAGGGACCUUAGCCAACUCAAGAUCAAGAGAAUCGUGUGGAAUAUCAAAUCGUCGUUUUCUAUCGAUUGGAGGGAUUUUGUGUUUCGUACAUGGGUUGUUCACCAUUAUCUAUUAUGUCUCUGUAACUGCCACGAGGAGGGAAGAAAAGAAACAAGGAAACCCCAUUGUUAGCCACCCUUAAACAUCAUUCUCUUUGUUAUACCAUCACACCACCCUUAUUUCUAAGACCAAUUCCUUAGAUAAGAAUUGUACAACUUAACUUAUGAUUGUUUAAAAUGAUUGCAUUUACACACUUUUUGUGUUGAUUUAGAUAUGUAAAUUUUGAUUAUAGUAUUACAUGAAUGAGUGGACUUGCAUAUUUUAAGGAAUG